AUGUUCGCUCCUCUCGUCAACGUCUUCAUGGCAGCGUACCUCGUCCACAUCUUCCGAGACAAGUCUCCAACAACAGGAUCAAAGAAGUCCGACUGGUUCCGUCGACUGAGCUGGUGGAAACAUUUCGGCGAGUAUUUCCCGAUCUCGCUCAUACCGACAGCCCAGCUCGACCCCGAGCAGAAGUACAUUUUUGGGUACCAUCCCCAUGGGAUCAUCAGCUUUGGAGCGAUCGCGACGUUCGGGACCGAGGGCGUCGGUUUCUCGGAGAUCUUCAAGGGGAUUGACGUGCACCUUGUCACCCUGCCAAUCAACUUCAGGGUCCCUUUCUUGAGAGAAGUCUGGCUGAGACUCGGGAUUUGCGAUUCUUCCAAGGAAACUUUCCGCAACAUCCUCUCUAAGGGGAGCGGGUCUGCGAUAGCACUAGUUGUCGGUGGAGCAAAUGAGUCCCUCUCAGCAGAACCAGGAACCAUGGGAGAUCUCACUCUCUGCAAACGACGAGGCUUUGUCCGUCAGGCGCUCUUGUACGAUGCUUGUCUAGUCCCUGUCCUGGGGUUUGGUGAGACCGACGUGUUUGCGGUGGCGAAGUGGCCAGCUGUGAAGAGAUUACAAGAGAAACUGCAGAAGACUAUGGGGUUUGCCAUGCCCAUCUUCCAUGGCCGAGGGAUUUUUCAGAAGGCGUUCGGCCUGCUCCCGUUCCGAAAGCCGAUCCAUGUUGUGGUGGGGCGACCGCUGAACUUGAAGGAGAUCGACUCGCGUGCUCGAGAGGCGGCGGAGAAAGGAGAGAAGUGGUUGUCGCAGGACCCAGAGGGGAUGGAACUAGUCGAGCGAUGCCAUGCGGCCUACGUGAAGGAGCUCCAACGGACUUAUGAUGAUUUCAAAGAUCUCAUCUACUGCCAUCGCACGUCCUCGAUGCGGAUCCGAUGA